AUGUCUGGAAAGGGUACUUCUGGCUCUAGUGGCUAUGGCGGUUCGUCUAGCUCUGGUAACUCUCUCGGUAGCCCAUAUACUGUCAAUAGCAGUGGUACCAACAGCCAAGGCAACAGCUAUGACAACCGCUCCACUCCCUCUGGCGAAGCUUAUCACUACAGCAAUAGCGACGGUUCUUACUACUAUGCCAAUGGUAAUGGCUCCACCUAUCACAACGGCAGCAGCGGUUCUACCUAUACUGCUCCCGACGGUACUUCAUACAAGAAGUAA